CGGCCGUGUUCAGACUCGUGAAUCAUCUUCUCCAACCCAACAGCGCCCGCAUCCCUCGCGCCCGCGCCGCACCCAAUCGGAGAGGAAACAUGGAAGCAGCCGUCUCGAAUCCCUCGAGCAAGAGGAUCGCGCUGGUCACCGGGGGGAACAAGGGGGUCGGGCUGGAGACGUGCAAGCAGCUGGCAACCAAGGGGCUCAGAGUCGUCCUGACGGCGCGGAACGAGGCGAGGGGGUUGGAAGCGGUCGAGGGCAUCAGGCGCUCCGUCGACGCCGAGGUUUUCUUCCACCAGCUGGAUGUCACCGACCCCUCCAGCGCCGCCCGGCUGGCGGAUUUCGUCAGGGAUCAGUUCGGCAGGCUUGACAUCCUGAUCAAUAAUGCGGGGAUUUCAGGUGUUGAUCGUGAUCCAGUUUUGGUUGCCAAAAUCAAGGAUCAGGUUGAAGGCAUGGAUGUAAAUCAGAGAGUUGAAUGGAUGAGAGAAAAUUCAAAAGAGACAUACGAUGAAGCUAAAGAAUGUAUGAGAACGAACUACUAUGGUGUCAAGCUUGUUACGGAGGCACUACUUCCUCUUCUUCACUUAUCCUCCUCUGGAAGAAUUGUCAAUGUUUCAUCAGGCUUUGGACUGCUGAGAAACAUCAAUAGUGAAAAACUUAGGAGGGAAUUUGAUGACAUUGACAAUCUUACUGAAAAGAGAUUGGACGAGUUGUUGGAUCUGUUCCUAGAAGAUUUCAAGGCCAACUUACUAGAGGCACAUGGGUGGCCAACAGGUGGAUCUUCAGCCUACAAAGUUGCCAAAGCGGCCCUUAAUGCAUACACAAGGAUUCUUGCCAAGAAGUACCCUAAAUUGUGUAUUAACUGUGUGACACCUGGUUAUGUCAAGACCGACAUGUCUAUGCACAUGGGAGUAUUGACACCUGAAGAGGGUGCUAGCAACCCUGUAAAGGUUGCUCUCUUGCCUGACGAUGGCCCAACUGCCAUCUCAAGCUCCCCAAGCACAAGGAUCGCUUUGGUCACCGGCGGGAACAAAGGGAUCGGGCUAGAGGUGUGCCGGCAGCUGGCUGGCAACGGCGUCACCGUCGUUUUGACGGCAAGGGACGAGAAGAGAGGCACGGAAGCCGUCAAAAUGCUCCAAGGGCUGGGGCUCUCGGAUGUCCUUUUCCACCAGUUGGAGAUCACGGAUGCUUGCAGCAUUGCUCGAUUAGUCGAUUUCUUGAAGACCCGUUUCAGGAGGCUAGACAUUCUGGUAAUUCGCCUUCUGAAUUUGUUAUAACUGCUCUGUAUGUAGGUAAAUAAUGCCGCGUUUGGUGGGGUUGAGCACGUCCGAGAUCCUGUCUGCGGUUCAGUAACGAGCGAGGAGGAGUUGAGUGGCAUGGAUAGGGAUCAGAGGCUUGAAUGGUUGUGGAGAAAUUCUCAGGAGACUUACGACACUGCAAAGAAAGGACUUCAGACAAACUACUACGGCACGAAGCAUGUAACGGAAGCCUUACUACCUCUGCUGCAAUCCUCCUCCGAUGGAAGAAUCGUUAAUGUCUCCUCCGACUUUGGGCUGCUAAGGUUUUUCAGAAACGAAGAGCUGAAGCAAGAGUUGAACGACGUUGACAACCUCACCGAGGAGAGGCUGAACGAGCUGCUAGACAUGUUCCUGAAAGACUUCGAGGCCGGCGCCGUAGAGGCGCGCGGGUGGCCAGCAGCGUUCGCGGCUUACAAGGUAGCCAAGGCCGCCAUGAACGCGUACUCAAGGAUCCUGGCAACAAAGCAACCCGCGGUGCGUGUCAACUGCGUGCACCCCGGCUACGUCAAGACCGACAUGACUAUACACUCGGGGCUCCUGACGCCCGAGGAAGGCGGGAGCAGGGUGGUGGCGGUGGCCCUGCUGCCAGAAGGCGGAGUGACCGGCGCGUUCUUUGACGACGGCGAGGAGGCGUCGUUCAUGUGAUGUGUUGGCACGGCACGUUGCGGCUGCCCCUCGCGUGCGCUCACGGUCUCUGGGUCACUCGGUAUGACGUUGGGUUGGAGCUGAACAAUUGUUGUGAUGGUGUGAUUGCUUGUUGGAUCUGCCUUGGCUGUGUAUGACGAAUUGUAGAGAGCCUCUACUGCUGUAAGCUGUACGUACGGCUGCACCCAAGCUAGUAGGCUCAGGCAGGAGCGUUCCAAAGUUUUUUGUGGCCAUAAAUAUCCACGUGUUUCGUUACUCCGUGCGGCGAUUCGUGAGCCAGUGGCCA